GCAAAACCUUGUAUUUUGGGUUAGAUUUGCAGUGCAACCAAACGCAGCCUUAUUUUUCUAAAAACGCAACCCAAUGUCGAAUGCUAAAACCCUCGCUCCCGCCUGUCUGUUCGUAUCAUAAACCUUAGCUCCUCUCUCUCUCUCAUACACACACAGUUAUGGCUGCUGUUACUGAACCCUCAGAGAACGAACCGACGACGGUGCCGGGAACUGACCAAGUUCCGGCGAUGGCUGAAACAGCCAUUGCUACGGUAACCGCCACUUCGGGUUCGGGGCCUGACGAAUCAUCUGAACAAGCUCCAGAGACGGUGGCUACUACGGCAGCUCCGGUUUCUACUACGGUCCCGGAGGCAACGCCCGCAGAGAAGAAGUGGCCGGGGUGGCCUGGCAACAAUGUAUUCCGCCUCAUAGUCCCUGUUCUUAAGGUUGGUAGCAUUAUCGGCCGCAGGGGCGAACUAGUGAAGAAGAUGUGCGAGGAGACUCGGGCUCGCAUUCGCAUCCUCGAAGGCGCCAUUGGUACUGCUGAUCGUAUUGUGUUGGUAUCAGGAAAAGAAGAACCCGAAGCACAAAUAUCCCCUGCAAUGGAUGCUGUGCUAAGAGUAUUUAAACGUGUUAAUGGAUUAUCGGAGAGUGAGGGUGAGGGUGCUGGCUCAACAACUGCUAAUACUGCAAUGUGUUCAGUACGGUUAUUGGUGGCAUCGUCACAAGCAAUUAAUCUAAUUGGAAAGCAAGGUUCUCUUAUAAAGUCAAUACAAGAGAAUAGUGGUGCUUCUGUGCGUGUCCUAUCUGGAGAUGAAGUGCCAUUUUAUGCUACUCCAGAUGAGAGAAUUGUGGAGAUACAAGGUGGAGCAUUGAAGGUUCUUAAAGCACUAGAAGCAGUAGUGGGACACCUAAGGAAGUUUUUAGUUGACCCAAGUGUUAUUCCUUUAUUUGAAAAGACUUAUACCCAGACAAUUUCACAAGAUCGUUCAACAGACACCUGGGCUGAUAAAACUCAGUCGUUACUACAUACAGCUCCUCAAACAGGGAUUAGUAAUGAUUACUCACUCUCAUUGAAGAGGGAUUCUUUAUUUCAUGAUCGGGAACCUCAGCUGGAGUCACAAAUUCAACACUCUGGGCUUUCACUUUAUGGACAGGACCCUUCACUUGCGGGAUUACGUUCUACAGGGCUUGGUCGAGCUUCAGCUCCUAUUGUCACCCAGAUUACACAGACAAUGCAAAUACCGUUGUCUUAUGCAGAGGACAUAAUUGGGAUUGGAGGAACAAAUAUUGCGUAUAUUCGUCGUACCAGUGGAGCCAUUCUCACUGUUCAGGAAAGUAGGGGCCAUCCUGAUGAGAUUACUGUGGAAAUAAAGGGCACCUCGUCACAGGUUCAGACAGCUCAACAACUUAUUCAGGAAUUUAUCAGUAGUCAUAAAGAACCAGUCACAGGCAGCUAUGCCAAGAUUGACAGUGGAUUGAGAUCUUAUUCUCAGUUGGGUAAUGCUUCUUCAUAUCCUUCAUCUUCUUUGUCAUCACAAUCACUAGGUGGAUACGGUUCUUCUGGUGUUGGGGGUUAUAGCAGUUUUAGGCUCUAAAUUAUAACCUGCUUGUUAUGUGGGAUUUCUUAUGUUCAGACUCUCAUUCAUCCCUCUUUAACUUCCUAUUUAGAACAGUUCUGUUGUGAUGUAACUUUGUAGAGUCCAGAGAUGGGACCUUUAUUUACACUAUCUUGGUCAGUGAUGAUGAGGUUAGUCUGAUCAGAUGGCCAACGCUGGCUACUUUGUUGUGGACUCUGGAAAAGAAGAGAGAGAAUGUUCCAUUGUGGUAGUGGUUUUAUUUUUAUUAGUUUUAAAUAUUUGUUGUUAGUAAGUGCAUUUAUGUUAUGCUCCAUGCCUGUUUCUGCAA